AUGCUCAUGCACUACAAGCGGGCAUUCAAGCUGCUGUCGUUCAUGAAGCAGAACAAGGCUAAGGUCCUGAUUCUCGGAAAUAAAAACCAGUUCGGCAUCGACUGGAAGGGCCGUUUCGAGGGGAUCGAUUUCGACACAGGCAUUGUCGACGAGAAGGUGAUCUCGUCGGCGCCCAAGCACUACCAGCUCAUCCUGUGCUUGGACCCGGCUCUGUACGCGCGGUCCCUGCAUCGCAUCAGCGUUCCGGUGAUGAUGUGUGCCACGGCCCGCGAGAUCACGCAACACCCGGAGAUCUUGCGCGUCACGGACUACUUGCUGCCCUCGCCCAGCAGUCGGCACGACGCGGCCCUCCGCCAGUUCAUAGGCGUGGAGGAGCUGGCGAGGGCCGGCGGCGACGCCAGCAUGAGCGAGGAGCCGAAGAGGGGCGCCAGCGGCGGCCAGGAUCGGGGUGAUGGCGCCGCGGCAGCGACGCCAAGAGUGCCAGAAGGGCAAGGGUGGCCAGCCCAGCGGAGAGCGGGACCAGAGAGCGCCAGCACCGACCAGGAGGGCCUCGGGGCGGCCAGCGCCCGCGGGUACGGCGUGGAGUGA